UCAGUGCCCGUGUUUUGUGGUGGUGCGUGUGUUGGGAGAAGUUUCAGUAUACUUGAUUUUGCUCUUUUCUCCGGUUGUUUUGUUGAGUUUAGCCGCCGGUUUAGAGUCUGAUGUUGAUUUUUACCUCCGUGUCGGAUAGUUUAGCCACCUGCUAGCUAACAGUCUGGGCAAGAGGUCAUUUUUUUCCCGAUCAGCGCGUGAGGAAGCGGCGUAGCGGAGUUACACAGACUUUAAUUCGGAAGAAUUACUGAAAAAGAGACUCGAAUCAGACUGGAAAUCUGUAUAAAGAGCGUCAUGGCUUCCUCCAGCAGUCUUAGGCUGUUUGAAGAUCAGCUCCAGUGCUCUAUCUGUCUGGAAGUGUUCAAUGAUCCAGUCUCUACUCCAUGUGGACACAACUUCUGUGUGGUCUGUCUCAGACAGUACUGGGACAGCAGCUCACGCUGCCAGUGUCCAGUUUGUAAGGCAGAAUUUCCUCAAAGACCUGCACUGUCUAUAAACACCUUUAUCUCUGGACUGGCUGCUCAGUUCAAGAAGUCAGCUGAUGUGAAAUUAAGCAACUCUCCAGAGAAACAUUCUUCCAAAUGUAAGAGGGUGUUAUGUGACUACUGCAGUGAGGAUAAACUGGAUGCACUGUCAUCCUGUCUGGACUGUGGGGUCUCUUUUUGCGACACUCAUCUGAUACCUCAUAAAACUGUAUCUAAACUCAAGAAGCACAAGCUGAUGGAUCCUGUGGAGAACCUGGAGGACUACAUCUGCCAGAAACAUGAGAGACCCCUGGAGCUGUUCUGUAGAGACGACCAGAUGACUUUGUGUCAGUUCUGCACUGACGCAGACCACAAGACUCACAGCACUGUUCCUAUAGAGGAGGAGAGUGUAGAGAAGAAGACCCAGCUAGGGAAGAUGCAGAAGGAGGUUCAGCAGAUGAUACAGGACAAAUUGAAUAAGGUUGAGGAGAUCAAACUCUCUGUGAUACUCAAUAAAAAAAGCACAGAGAAAGAGAAAGCAGACAGUGUGGAAGUCUUCAAGGCUCUGGUUCGCUGCAUUAAGAGAAGCCAGGCUGAGCUGCUGAAGGUGAUGGAGGAGAAGCAGAAAGCAGCAGAGAGGCAGGCUGAAGAGUUUAUUAAAGAGCUGGAGCAGGAAAUCACUGAGCUAAAGAGGAGAGACACUGAGCUGGAGCAGAUCUCCCACACUGAGGACCACCUCCACCUCCUACAGAUUUACCCGUCCCUCUGCAGACCCCCACACACCAAGAACUGGACUGACGUCAGUGUUAACACUCCUCUGAGUGUGAAGAUUCUAAGGAAAGCUCUGUCUCAGCUUCAGAAGUCAAUCGAUGAGGAGAUGAAGGAUCUUGUUGAGAUAGAAUUCAACAAGAUGAAACACUAUACAGUGGACGUGACUCUGGAUCCUAAUACAGCUCAUUCAAAACUCAUCCUGUCUGAUGAUGGCAAACAAGUGAAACAUGGAGACAAACGCUACAACUACCCUUACAACCAUAAGAGGUUUGAUUGUUGUGUCUGUGUUCUGGGAAAGGAGGGAUUCUCCUCAGGGAGAUUUUACUAUGAGGUUCAGGUCAGAGGAAACACAGAGUGGGAUUUAGGAGUGACCAGAGAGUCCAGUGAACGGAAUGGAUACAUUAACCUGAAUCCUGACAAUGGAUACUGGACUGUUUGCCUGAGAAACAAGACUGAAUACGAGGCUCUGGACUGUCCCUCUGUUCUCCUCUCGUUGAAACAGGCUCCCCAGAAGGUGGGGGUGUUUGUGGAUUAUGAGGAGGGUCUGAUCUCCUUCUAUGAUGUUGAGGUCAGAUCUCACAUCUACUCUUUCACUGGUCAGACUUUCACUGAGAAACUCUAUCCAUUCUUCAGCCCCAGUCUUAAUCACGAGGAUCCAAACAGAGCACCAUUGAUCAUCACCUCGUGAUCUUCAUCAAUCAAUGGGAAAUCUUUCUUUUAAAAGAACAACUGACCACAAUUUAAAAAAAACUUUUUUUAAAUAUUUGUUUUCGCAAGAGAGGGCAUCAAAUAUGCUUGACUUUUGUUCAUGGUCACAUUAUUGCACUGCACUCCACUGGUCUCGUGAAAAAUAAAGCUACAAGUCUUUAGUCUGAGACAAGAAAGAGACUGUUAAUUUAGUCUAUCACGUAGUAAAACCAGAGGUGGUAUUAAUGAGGAGAGUAUUAAA